AUGGCAGAAACCAAAGUCAUUCUAGUGACAGGCAGUAAUACCGGAAUUGGAUUCGAGUUGGUUCGUCUUCUUGCAGAGAAAGGCCAUAUCGUGUAUAUAGGAGCAAGAAACGAGAUUGCUGGUAGAGGAGCACAACAGACACUCAACGCAGACGGCCUAACAAAUGUCAAAUUUGUCUUGAUAGACGUAAACAACCACGAGACCGUUAAGCAUGCAGGAGAUGAAAUCGAAAGGACUGAAGGCCGACUUGACGUGCUCGUAAACAACGCCGCAAUUUCCAAGUUUGAGGAUAAUCAGCAUCCUUCAAGUAUUUCGGAAUCUACACUUCGAGAGGUGAUGGAAACCAACUUCUUUGGCCUCGUUCUGACGACGACCGUCUUCGUUCCUCUCAUGCGGAAGUCGUCGGCGCCUGUCAUUUUGAACGUGUCUAGUGCCUUGGGCUCAAACACUGUGCAGUCACAUACGGCUGCUAGGCUUGGACGGCCGGUGGUUGCUUAUCGCGCUAGCAAGGCCGCCGUCAACGCAUACACGAUCGCGCUGUCGCAAGAGCUCCAGUCUGAGGGAUUCAGGGUAAACACAAUCACCCCAGGCCUAGUGUCAUCUAAGAUAAAUGACUUUGCAGAGGAGGGUAAGUCUCUGAAGGAAGGUGCGCUCUCUUUGCUGCCCUUUACACUGCUGGAUAAGGAUGGUCCAACUGGAAAAUUUUUCGACUGGGAGGGAAAAGAGAUGCCUUGGUAG